AUGAAUAUAAAUAUGAAAUAUUGGAUUAUUGUGGUCUUGACUUGCCUCUGCGCGAAGAAUGCAUUGACUUUGCCACAAUUUACUAUCGGUGCAAUCUUCUAUGAGAAUGAAUUCGAUUUGGAGCAAGAUUUCAUCGCAACCGUGGAGAGUAUAAACAGUGAGGGAGUGAACAACUUCGUAAUGUUGCCACUAAUAAGACGCAUCAGUGACACGGCUGGCAGCAUGAUCUUACAACGCGAAGCGUGCGAUCUAAUUGAUAAUGGUGUCUUAGCUAUUUUUGGACCCAGCGCGCAGGCAGACAGUGACAUUGUUUCGCUGAUCUGCAAUGCAACCGGCAUACCGCAUCUACAAUUCGACAUGGGCCAUGAGGAGACGAACAGGGAACGCGUCAAUCAUCAGAUGUCGUUGAAUGUCUUCCCCACACAGCAGAUGCUCUCCAAGGCCUACGCGGAUAUCGUACAGACCUACGGUUGGCGUAAAUUUACCAUUAUCUACAAUGCUGAGGAUCCAAAAGCACCGGCACGCCUGCAGGAUCUGUUCCAGCUGCGCGGUAUACACAACGAAGUGGUGCGCGUGCGCAAAUUCAAGCGCGGUGAUGAUUAUCGUAUAUUAUGGAAGGGUAUAAAAGGUGAACGUCGCAUUGUGUUGGAUUGUGCACCGGAGUUACUGAUUGAUUUGCUGAAUACUUCCAUCGAAUUCAAUUUGAUGGGACAGUUUAAUAAUUUGCUGUUAACCAAUCUGGAAACGCAUAAUGCCAAUUUAGAGGAAUUGCGGGACAAUGUCACCUUUGCGGUGAAUAUCACAGCGACACGUCUGAAAAUGGAUGGGAAUUCUCCUUAUGCGAAUACUACGAAUGACACAGAUCCCAUAUUUCGACAAUCCCAGCGCACACUGCUACAAGAUUUACUCUACGACGCAGUGCAUGUCUUCGCGAAUGCAUUACGAAAUGUCAGCCAUAGUUAUCAGAUACGAGUACCGCGUGUGCGCUGCGUUUUCAAUGAGUAUGAGCAAAUGCAACCCUGGCCCAUGGGACGUUACAUCUAUCGCGUGAUGUUAGCGACAUCCGGCGUCAAUAACACGGAUUAUCGCACGAGCGACCUGCAAUUUGAUGAGGAGGGACAGCGUACUAAUUUCGGUAUUGAAAUAUUUGAACCGCUGGAAAAUUAUGGUAUCGCCUUCUGGGAUACAAAGGGGCAAAUUACGCCGCAACACGUGGAGGUGAACAUAACGAAGAAGUUGGUUUAUCGUGUGGCAACGCGCAUUGGUGAGCCAUACUUCAUGGAGAUACCCGAAAAGGUGGAGCAGAAUGUGACUGGUAAUGAACGGUAUAUGGGCUAUGCAGUCGAUUUCAUUGAAGAGUUAUCGAAACUCAUGAAUUUCGAAUACAUAUUCGUGCCAGUUGCAGAUAAUGGCUACGGAAGAUAUAAUCCAGAGACUAAACAAUGGAAUGGUAUUAUCGGCGAGAUUGUCAACAAUGAUGCCCACAUGGGUGUAUGUGACUUGACCAUCACACAGGCGCGUCGUACUGUUGUCGAUUUCACAGUACCUUUCAUGCAGCUCGGCGUUAGCUUAUUGUCCUACAAAGAGGUAGCAGAAUCGGAAGCUUUGGCUUUUCUUGAUCCAUUAAAAGGCGAAGUGUGGAUAUGUGUCAUUAUUGCCAUAUUCGUGAUUUCCUAUCUGCUUGUGGUCUCCGCCAGAAUCGCCGAAGACGAAUGGGAAAAUCCACAUCCUUGCAAUAAAGAUCCCGAUAUACUGGAGAACAAGUGGGGUUUAUUCAAUACCUUUUAUUUGUCAGCGGCAUCUAUAAUGCAGGCUGGUUGCGAUAUGUUGCCUAAAAGUGCGCCGUUUCGUACAUUUACCGCCAUGUGGUGGAUAAUCGCCGUUAUCAUACCCAAUUGUUAUACGGCUAAUUUGGCUGCCUUCUUGACAAGCUCCAAAAUGGAAUCCACCGUUCAGGAUCUGAAGGGUCUUGUCGAACAGGUGGAGGUUAAGUUUGGCACUAUAGAAGGCGGCAGUACGUACACGCUGUUUGCCGAAUCUAACGAGACCGUAUAUCGAUUGGCAUACAAUAUGAUGAAAAAUGAAGAUCCCUCCGUAUUUACGAAGGAUAACAAGGAGGGUGUAGAAAGAGUGCUUAAAAGGAACGGUUCGUAUAUGUUUCUUAUGGAGACGACGGCUUUGGAAUACAAUAUCGAGCGCAGCUGUAAUCUACGUAGUGUGGGCGAUAAGUUCGGUGAAAAGCAUUACGCUAUAGCGGUACCCUUCGGCGCCGAAUACCGUUAUAAUUUAAGUGUUAACAUUUUAAAACUAAGCGAGACAGGUAAAUUAUUCCAACUGAAGAAUAAAUGGUGGAAGAACAACGAUACGGAUUGCAAGGACAAUGAUAAUGAUGCGGAUAACCCUUCCUUGGGUAUUUACGAAGUACGUGGCAUAUUUUAUACGCUUUAUCUUGGCUUACUAGCGGCUUAUGUUAUGGGUAUCAUCGAAUUUUUAAUGCAUUGCCAUAGUAGAGCCAGCGAGGAAGGGUUGCGUUUUAAAGAGAUUUUAGUGAACGAAUUGCGUUUCGUAUUGCGCAUAUGGAAUAAUAGGAAACCGGUUAGUUGCACGCCCACUGCGAGUAUAGCGGCUUCAUCGCGGCGCUCAUCAAAUAGAACCGCAAGAACAUUAACGAAAAAGGGUUCGCAACAAUCCAGCGGUAGCGGCGAAGAGUUAAAGGAGUUGGCAAACAACAAAGUAAAAAAGAACGGCACUAUCAUUAAAGUGGACGCAAUGUAGUAAAAUUGUUUGAGAUUAAUGUUAAAA